ACAUUUCCAAUUCUUCUUCUCCUAUUUCCUCUCUCUUUCUUCUUCUUCUUCUACUCUCUCUCUCUCUCUAGAUUUGAAGAAUACACUACCUUCCUUCCAUUUUACCAGAGUAUUAUUAACCAUUUGUUGUUCAAAGAUGUUGGGGAAGAGGGCUAGGACGUCGAUGAAGAGGACAACAAGUAUGACGGAGAUCACGUUUGAUCUGAACACCAACGACAAAUCUCAGCCGUUCGAUCCACACAACCCUCUCAAGAAGGCAACCACCGCCGUAGUACAAGGCGGUCUUUGCAAGAGUAAUUCCGCUGAUUUUACUCAGUCUCAGACCAAUACUACUACUACUACUUCUCAUUUUCUUAGAGCUUGCUUUCUCUGCAAUCGCCGCCUCGUUCCUAAUCGUGAUAUUUACAUGUAUAGAGGUAUUAGUGCAUACUGCAGCCUAGAGUGCAGGCAACAGCAGAUUAACCACGAUGAGAAAAUGGACAAAGAAGAAGCAGCUCAUGCCUCUAACUCAGCUGCCACGUCAGCAAGAUCCCAUGCCUCUGCCAAAUCUGAAAUUAUUACCACCCUCCCAGCCUUGUGGCCACCGAUUAUUACUCCAAAACGAUGACGUUUUCUCCAUUACUAUUUUUUUUUUAUAUAUAUAUAUAUAAUAUUAAAAUAUGUCAAAUUAAUGCAUAUAUAGCUAUUAAUGGUGGGGGCUAAUUUAGAUGUUAUUUAUGUGUGCUUGCGAAAUUGGCUAAUCUCAUUAUUAUUUUUUCAUGCAUGUGAACUGUUAAAAUAUAUUUAUUAAUGAAGCUAUAUAUAUUUCCCAA